AUGCGCGCGGCAAGCACAGGGCGGACCAAGACUAAACCCCACGGAGGAAAAGAUCUCACAAAGCAAACUUGCUUAGUCUCUCACAACUCCCCGGCCUGGCUGCACGCUUCAGCCUCAUUUGUGCCUCUCAACAGCCUAUUGAGUCUUGCGGAUAGACUUCAGGGCCAAACUCAGCCUCUCAAUCUAGCGUUCGACGGACGUUGCACGCCACUACGAUACGAAAGAUUCUCGAAAUACUCCUCGUUCAACUCACAAUCAAGACGACAGCUGUUCUCCUGGCUUUUUCGACAAAUACAAAAGCUUGGUCCCUAUGGCGCACGUUACUUUCGAAAGAGAUGUCUCCAACAUCUUCAAGCUGUGAAACGAGGAAUUAAAAGUUAUUGGAUCUUUCUACGCGUUGCGGACUCUGCAGUCAUUCCCUUGAAGUCUGUAUUUUAUUCCGCAAUACUCCCUUCAUUACUUUCGUUCAAGCCCUGUUGCAUUUCUGUCUGCACCAUGACUUCACAGGCUUCUGGCAGUAAUUUGAACCGUCCUUCCUUUGCAAAGAUUGUGGCCAUGCCUGCGUUGCCCAAAUCACAAGAUAAUCCUGACGGGUCCGAACAUCAAAUGGACGCUGAUUUUGAAAGCCCGCUGCCAACUCAGCCAGGCUUCGAGGAACAACACGAUGCACCGCUCGAUGCUUACAUACAAGGCAUUGAGGAUGGCGUCGAACGACUUUCAAUGAAUGAAAAGCAUGAACUGGAGUUUUCUCAGUCAUCUGGCGAAGUUCGUGUUACCGGAAUGCUUCAGCGAGAAGCGUCGUUCGAUGAUGACCAAACCCAUCUAUCCAACAGUUCCACUAAGCCAACAAGCUUCGACUCGAAAAGCAUGGCAUCAGUCACCACAUUUGCAAUGGAUGAAAAGGAUUCUUUGCGGCCCGAUGAUAGUGCAAGCGUCCAGGCAGCUGAUGAAGAGGAUUCAUUGUCUGGACCCGCAUCUGGUGCCCCAAAUUCCCUUACUGGUUCUGAGGCUGGUGUGAGGGCGUAUCGUGAUAACAUCAAGGAUGGUAUCCUUCAGCGACAAAGAGGCGUGCUGCCUAUGCCCAUUCAGCGUUAUCCUGAUGGCGAUAUUGGAAUCACAGGGGCCAUCCCACCUGAUUCUGUGGCUAAUAACUUCAUUCUUAGCAAUCAGCCUGACUUUGUGCCUGGAAAGUCUCUCAAUGGGUAUGCUUUAGAACCUGACGAAAAGCUUCUCGAGGCUAUGGGGUCACCCAAAGAUCGCUUGUUCCUACUCCAGCUGGAGGAAAUGAUUCGUGACUUUAUUCAAGACUCAAAGGAACAAUCACUUGAAUUGCCACCUUCCAAUGCCUUUGGGCGUCUUCUUGCACACAAACUCGGAGACUACUAUCACCUGACACAUUUUGUAGACAACAAUGUCACAUCAGUGCGACUACACCGGACGCCAUUCUGCAGACUUCCAACGCCGUUAUCGCAUCUGCGGCCUGUUGAAUCCCAUAAUACGCCGCCACCUAAUGCACCAGCUAUGAAGAUCAUGCGUCGUAAUGAAGACCGAAAUGUGGGUGAGAAUGGUACGACUGGUUCUUCAGGUCCGUCAAUGCCCGUUUCAGAGGCGGGUGGGGACGGCGGUAACGAAGAUGACCGUGGAGGAUCCUCCGCAGGAGCUACACCGGCUAAAGACCGGUCAACGAUGACCCGGGAAGAGCGUGAAGCUAAGUAUCAAGAAGCAAGAGAAAGGAUUUUCCGGGACUUUCCAGAAUCCAAGUCAGUCGACUCUUCUGUUGGUGACAACAGCGCGAAUAUUUCUCGUUCAAGUUCGACAAGUGGCCGCAAGAAGAAUUUUAGGCAAAAGACUCCCCACGACGACUCCUUUGAAGCAAGAUCUCAAUUUAAUGCAUACUAUCCUGGGAUGUCUUAUGGAGCCAACACAGCAUCAAUGCCAAUGAACAACGGAGCGACUUACGGCCAAAAUCCUUACAUGGCUGGUCCAAAUGCAUCAUCUCCCACAAUGAAUUACCCACAAGGCACACCUGCUGCGAAUGUCUACCAGAAUAAUGUGUCUCAGUAUCAGAUGAACACGAUGCCUAUGGGCCAGACCCAUGCAUGGCAGGGCCCUGCUGCGCCCCAGCAGUCUCCCUACCAAGGGUACGCUGCUCUGAACCAACCACAGACGAUGAUGGGACAGCAAGCCCAACCGGGCUCAAUACCAGCCAUGAACAACUAUCCUGUCCCUAACCCUGCAGCAACAUAUGGCCCUAAUGCAUCGACACCUUGGGCAGGUCAGCCAUAUCAAAACAAUUAUCCCCAAGCUGUUCAACGAAAUGCGCAUUGGCCUAGCUACCCCUCGCACCCAAUGGCUAACAAUACCAAUCCAUAUUCUUACGGCCAACAGAUGUCCAAUCAGCAUUACCCGACGCCCCAAGGCCAAACCUCUCAUCAAAUGAUGGGCAACUUCAACCGUACCAUGUUCAACCCGCAGACUCGGUCUUUUGUGCCAACUGGAAACCCGACAACAAGUCGGUAUACCACUAAAGGAGUGAAUCAUACAGGUGGUGUGGCAUACAACAACCCCCAGUCGAAUGUGCAGCGGCAGAAAUGGUCUGGUCAAAUGGACACCAGCGGCCAAUCGAUGGCUUAUGGAUCAUCGUAUCCGAAUAAUCGAGCUAAUGGUAAUACCACCAGCCCGAGCUCAAUGCCUCGUGUUGCACAGCCUAUGACCAGCGAUUCCAUUGCUAAAUGGGGAACUCCGGCUCAUCUUCCGCCCAAACCCCCCCCUUCAGAAGUUCGCAACCUUCCUGCACCAACAUCAUCUUUUUCGAACAACGGUGCCCCGCAGCACACUCAGGGAGGACCACUUGUCAUUUCCGGAGGGUCUCCCAACGUGCCAAAAUCCGGUCCAGACUAA